AGCCUGCGUAAUUUCGUACGCCCGGAGCAAACCCCUUCCCCACCGUCUCCAGAAACCUCCCGACCCUUCCACACCCACUCCCCCUCACCUCCCCAUCAUCCCGGCGGCAGCCUCCUGCUGGCCCCGGCCUUCCCCCGCGGCGGCGACGAGCAGAGCAGCCGACGACGACGGCCUCCUCCGCUGCGCCCCGGCCCCGUUAUUCCGCCGCCGCGGAGCCGUCCGUCCCGGGGCGAGGCCUCCGUGUUUCCGCCUCCGCUGACCGCCGCGGCAUGCUUCCCCUGCGGCGCCUCUCCACCGCUGACAUAUCUGAGACAGAGACCAAAACGGCUGCGAUCAGGGCAGGCCUCGCAGGAACCCCACCAGGCCUUCAGCAUCAAGUAUUUGUUGUUUGAUAUCUUGCUCCAUAUCCAGGAUCCAACAACCCUUCUGCAUGCUUCGCUCGUGUGUAAGGAUUGGUAUAAAAUCAUCUCAGAUCCUGGUUUCCUCAACCCUUUCCGCAAAAAACAAAUUAGCCAGUUCGUCGGGUUUUUUGCUGAGUUUGAUGGUGGGAUGAUAUAGAAUUCAUACCGCUGCCACUGCCCCCUGAGUUUGCAUACGUUGGCAAGUACCUAUUGACUUCAUUUUCGGGUGGUCUUAGAAAUGCGCAAGACAUUCGUGGUGGCUCUGUUCUUCUAAAACUGGAAGACUCGAUCGCCAUCUCCAAUCCAUUUAUGAAGAGUUUCCGCACAUUUCCACUAGCCCCACCUUUCCGGAAUAUUCAUGGCCAUCAUUGUGGUGAUUUUUACCUCUUCAAUGGUGAUAGCGUAGUCCGCGUGGUUAUCAUUGCCAUGGCUAAUCUUCUGCAUAUUCAGUUAUGUGUUCUCGAGUCUAGUACUUGGAUAGAGUAUAGAAACACCGUUGAUGUUGGUAUUUCUCUUGGGGAAGGGCCCUUCUGUAAGACUGCGCUGUGUGUUAACCGCUUUAUAUAUAUGCUCUCUAUUGAUGGAUUCUUAGUGAAAGUCAGAAUGGAGGAUUGUUCUGCAUCUGUCAUCCCUCUUCCAAAUGGGUCAUAUGAAUGGCGUUUUCAACAGAUAUGCCGAUCGAAUUAUUCUGAUUUCCUGUAUGUCCAUGUUGAUGGUUUCGACAUUCGAAUAUGGUCGUAUUUGUCAGAUACCUGGACUCCUGUCUUUAGGAUUCAUGUUCCUUCUAUAUUUGCCUGUCACAUUGAUAUUGUGGAAAGCCUUAAUUGUAUUGAGUGGGACACGUCAAGGAGUGGCUGGGGGGGGGUUUUGACAAUGUACGGUGUCUCCGAUGGGGUUGAGCAUAUUAUCAUGGGGAUUAAUGGUGUUGAGCAUUUAUAUCUACUGGAUUCUAUUAAUGGAACAGUGACGUUAAUUGGAUCCAACGAAGAAUUAAUUGAGAUUUCACCUCUUGGAUCCCUUCAUUUCCGACUUUAAAGGAAAAGAGUGCUGAAAUUGAAUACGAAUGUCUUGAUAUAUUAGGUGAUGUGUUUGAUAGAUCUGGCAACGUGAUCACGAAAGAUCAUGCGUAUAUGCUCACUGCACUUUUAUCCCAGCUGAGCUCCACUGAAGCAAGUGUCAGAAAAAAGACUUUCGUGCAUUGCAUCGCUUGCUCCAUGUUUGUCAGAUCUAUUAGCCAAGGCAACUUUGGAGGCUGUCCAAUUGCUGAAAAAAAGAAGGCAGAAGUCUGAAAUAACCCGAACGAAUAUCCAGAUGAUUGGUGCUCUAAGCUGCUCGGUUGGAUACCGGUUUGGACCACACCUUGCCGAAGCCGUUCCUUUGCUCAUAAGCUAUUGCACAAGUGCAUCAGAAAAUGAUGAAGAGCUCCGUGCAUGCAGCCUGCAGGCCCUCGAGAGUAUUAUGCUCAGAUGUCCAAGAGAUAUUUCCCCAUAUUAUGAGGGUAUUUUGAAUCUUGCUUUGGAAUAUGUAAGCUAUGACCCUAAUAUCACCGAUAGCAUGAAGGAGGAUGCUCACGGUGAAGUUCAGGAUGAUGAGAGUGCGUCUGAAUACAAAGAUGACAAGAAUGCAAGCUGGAAGGUUCGUCAGGCAUCAGCGAAGUGCCUGUCUGCAAUUAUUGUAUCUUGUCCUCAGAUGUUGUUUAAGAUGUAUCAGGAGGCUUGUACGAAGUUAAUCAACCGCUUUAGGGAAAGAGAGGAGAAUGUAAAGAUGGACAUUUUCAAUACAUUUAUCGAGUUGUUACGCCAAACUGGUAAUGUGACAAAAGGACAAGGUGACAUUGAUGAGUCUAGCCCUAGAUGGUUGCUGAAGCAAGAGGUACCCAAAGUUGUCAAGUCUAUCGAUAGUCAGUUAUAUGAAAGAUCAAUCAAGACAAAGGUUGGAGCAUUCUCAGUAUUGAAGGAGCUUGUUGUUCUAUUACCAGAUUGUCUUGCUGAUCAUCUUGGGUCCCUUGUUCCUUUGAUUGAGAUGUAUUUGAAUGAUAAAUCUUAUACCUCCAGCCUGAAGAUUGAAGCCCUUGCAUUUACUAGGAUUCUUAUGGCCCCACAUUCGCCCUCUGUGUUUCAUCCAUACAUCCAGAUAUUAUGUGAUGCAAUAGUAUCUGCUAUUGGAGAUAUAUAUUACAAAGUCACCGCUGAUGCUCUACGGGCGUGCGGGGAGCUAGUCCGGGUUCUCCGUCCAAAUUUUGAGGCACGUUCCAUAAAUUGCAGGCCAUAUAUUAGUCCAAUCUAUGAAGCUAUAUGGGCCCGCUUGGCCAAUCAAGAUCAGGAAGUUAAUGAGUGUGCCAUAUCGUGCAUGAGCCUUGUGAUCGCUACUUUUGGUGAUGGUCUUCAAAGGGAAUUACCGUCAUGCCUAUCCUUACUUGUUGACAGGAUGAGCUAUGAAAUAACACGACUUACAGCAGUCAAGGCAUUUGCGGUGCUUGCGAAUUCACCUCUUCGGAUUGAUCUUUCAUGUGUCCUGGACCGUGUCGUUUCUGACCUUACAACUUUCCUUCGAAAGGCUAACAGAGCCCUUAGGCAGGCAACAACAGGAACCCUAAAUUCUCUGGUUGUUACAUAUGGGGAUCAAAUUGGCCUGUCCUCUUAUGAGACUAUAAUAGCUGAACUAUCUAUUCUUAUAAGUGACAUCGACUUGCAUAUGUCUGUUCUUGCGUUGGAACUCUGUCGCACAAUAAUGGUCGACAGAAGUUCCUUCCAAAAUGUUGGUUUAGCUGUGAGACAUAAAGUUUUGCCUCAGGCCCUUAUUUUGAUCAGGAGUGCUUUGUUACAAGGACGAGCACUAGAGGCGCUGCAGAAGUUUUUUACUGCACUGGUCCAGUCUGCAAAUACAACCUUUGAAACUUUGUUGGGCUCCCUUAUUUCCACUGCCAAACAGUCACAGUUGGGCGGCCUUGCCAAGCAGGCACUAUCCUCUAUUGCACAGUGUGUUGCUGUGCUAUGCUUAGCAGCUGGUGAUCAGAAGUGUGCAUUGACUAUUGAAAUGCUCGAAGGCAUUCUAAAUGAUGUCAGUUCUACUGAUACUGCUAAACAACACAUUGCCUUGUUAUGUUUGGGAGAAAUUGGAAGAAGGAAGGACCUCAGCAACCAUGUUCAAAUUGAGAACACUGUAAUUGAAUCAUUCCAGUCACCUUCGGAGGAGAUAAAAUCUGCAGCAUCGUACGCUCUCGGAAACAUUGCUGUUGGCAAUCUAUCCAAGUAUUUGCCAUUUAUCUUGGAUCAGAUUGACAAUCAACAAAAGAAUCCGUAUCUCUUGCUUCAUUCACUGAAAGAGGUAAUUGCAUGGCAGUCUGUUGAUCAUACUGGCCAGGAUGAGCUCCAGGACUCAAACAUUGUGAAGAUAUUGGCGUUGCUCUUUAAUCACUGCAAAAGUGAGGACGAAGGAGUUCAGGAUGUGGUUGCUGAGUGUUUAGGCAAAAUUGCACUUAUUGAACCUAACAAACUAAUCCCUGUUCUGAAGGAAUGCACAUCUAGCCCAGCAGCAAACACAAGGGCUACGGUUGCCAUUGCUAUAAAAUAUUCAAUUGUUGAACGGCCUGGAAAGAUAGAUGCAAUCAUGUACUCUGAGAUUUCUACUUUCCUUAUGUUAAUCAAAGAUAGUGACAUGCAUGUGAGACGUGCAGCUAUCCUGGCGCUGAGUACAGCUGCCCACAACAAGCCAAAUUUGAUCAAAGGUCUUGUUCCUGAACUGCUCCCUCUUUUGUACGACCAGACUGUCGUGAAGCAAGAAUUGGUUAGGACAGCUUUCGAGCACGUCGUUGAUGAUGGGCUUGAACUUAGGAAAGCUGCCUUUGAAUGUGUGGACACAUUGCUGGAUAGUUGUCUUGAUCAAGUGAAUCCGUCGUCCUUCAUCGUUCCUUUCCUCUUAUCUGGUUUAGGUGAUCAUUAUGAUGUAAAAAUGCCCUGCCAUCUGAUUCUCUCAAAGCUAGCAGACAAGUGCCCCUACGCUGUUCUUGCAGUUUUGGACUCAUUAGUUGAACCCCUUGAGGAAACUAUUGGUGACAAACCGACGGGUGAUGCAGUGAAGCAGGAGAUUGAUCGCAAUGAAGACAUGAUUCACAGUGCUCUUCAAGCAAUUGCUGCUCUAAGCCGCAUAAGUGGCAGCGGCUACAGCAUGAAGUUGAAGAAUCUGAUGAGCAAGAUAAAGGCCACUCCUUCAUUUUUGAAUACGUUAGGAAAUACGUGCACAUGCCUGGGAAAUUCGAGGCGAUGAUCCAGCCUCGCAUUCGCCUUUUAUUGGCUGAAAGGUUGCACGGCAACAUGCGAGCAAAAGGAUGCUGAAGUGCUUUGCCAUCUGUCUUCCUGGUUUGUAGCUUAAAGGAGCGCCCGUCUCUGGUUCUUUGAUUUUGAGAUAGCUUACCACCUAUGCCAUGAAAGCCCCCCACGAACUAGCGCACAACUUGUGUGCGAUUCCUUUGCAAAUGUCUUGUACCAUUUCGGCUAGCUUCCUUUUUUUUUUCUGUAUUGUAUCUCACAGAGUAACAAAAAAGAAGAAGCAACCAUGCAUUUAGUGCUGA